CUUGCCUGCCCUGACCCUGUCCCCAGCUUGUCCUUCCCUUGAUCGCACCUAAGCCCCUUCCCCCAUCUUGGGGAAUCCUCGGUAGUGCUACCCAACCCCACAAUCUCAUUAGUGUGGUGUCAAGCACAGUCAUAAUCAGCUUACCCAGCUGCAGGAUAAAUGCCCAGCUGGCACCCUGCUGAGGGAGGCCUGCCACUUACACCUAUGGUCCCCUGAGACCUGCCCCAGAACUUGGGAGUUGAGACCUGCGAGGAAGGUUGGAAGCAGGAGGGCCCAGAACGUGAGGGAGUCCAUAAGCUGAAGGUCACUGCAGGAUCUCUGCCAACCUGGCCAUGAACCUGGAGCCACCCAAGGCCGAGAUCCGCUCGGCCACCAGGGUGAUGGGGGGACCCGUCACUCCCAGGAAAGGGCCCCCGAAAUUUAAGCAGCGGCAAACCAGGCAGUUCAAGAGCAAGCCCCCCAAGAAAGGUGUCCAAGGGUUUGGUGAUGACAUCCCUGGAAUGGAAGGUCUGGGAACAGACAUCACCGUCAUCUGCCCAUGGGAGGCCUUCAACCACCUGGAGCUGCACGAGCUGGCCCAGUACGGCAUCAUCUAGCCCUGGACCCCCACCCUCAGCCCCUCCACUCUGCUGCCCGCUCUGACCCCCUGCUUAAGAUUCCUUUGAGGAGGGCUGGCCCCCUGGGAGGUCCUGAGUGUCUGGAUUGUGUCUGGAGACCCUCACAGGGCGGCAGCCUCGAGCCUCCUGGACGCUAGUUACCAGGAGCCCACCACCUCCCUUCAGGACACCCUCUCGGGGCAGCCGGGCCCUGCUUAACUUCCGGAAACACUGGUCCUCUCCUCCCCAGGCUGGAAAGCUAAGACAGGCCUCCCAGUGGUGUCUGCCACAUCCCACCUCCUGCCACCUCCCACCACCACCCCUGCCCGUCUGGGGGUGAGGACGGGCUCCCCUCACUAGCCUUUCCCAGUUGAGGCCGUUGGGCCGGCAGGUGGAUGGCGGAGUCCUGCAGGCGUCAGAGAAUGAGAACUCUCUGGAUCAGUCACACCAGUAGGAAGCUUCUCCUUUCCAACAUGGCCCAUGCUUGCUGUCCUGUUUCAAAUAAAGUUACCGUGCUUCCCA